AUGGAACGUGUACUCGCCAAGCGACUCCGGGAACACCUCCUAUCGAAUGAUCUUCUGUGUCCAGAGCAGCAUGGGUUCCGUCCGCAGGGAUCUUGCGUCUCGAAUCUGCUACUUUCUCGGGAGCAAUGGACGUCUGCCAGGGCCGCCGGCCACGAAACGGACGUCAUCUUCAUUGAAUUCAGCAAGGCAUUCGAUAAGGUACCACAUGGACGGUUCUUGGAAAAGCUGAUGGCUCACGGUGUCAAUGACCCUCUACCAGCAUUGAUUGAGUAUUUCCUCAUCCGAAGGAGAUUUACUGUCAGAGUUGCCCAGACGGAGUCGUGUCGCUAUCCUGUCACCAGUGGAAUGCCACAGGGUUCUGAGGUCGACUUCCCUCUGGAAUUCACUCCCAUCGGAAGUGGUGGAGGAGCAGAACGAGGCGCGUUUCAAACGCCAUCUCGACGAGCACUUGGUGAGACGAUGGCAGCUUGCACACCAUUGAGCGGGUUGAUAUCGGUACCGGCGGUAAAGAGGCUCAUACGGGGCGCGGCUCCUCUGCCUUCUCAACACGAAGAUAAAGAUAAAGAUGAAGGAGCUCAAUAA